GACGCCUGCAUAGUUAGUAAAUUCCGGUUAAGCCUUCCCCUCGCUUCGGUUUUCUUACACGAGGAAUAGAGGGCCCUUUGUCUGGCGAGGCGUUGCCUUUGCCCUCGCCAAAGCGAUCCGUCUAGGUUUUCUCUUGAUCUCAGGCAAUCGGCGUCUAGAUCUAGCGCGAUCGCUCCUCGACCGCGCGCGGCGAAGCAUCGGGAAUCCGGCGCGAUCUGGCGCAGCACAGCGCGGAAUGAGGUUGGUCGUGAGAUCUGCCGGAGGACGCAGCGAUUGAUGAUAUAGACGUCAGAAAUGGAGAGGAGUAGGAAAAAUCCCAGGCUUUUGUGAAAAUGCCAGGUCUAUCGCGCAACAAGGUCCAUCACUCUUUUACGUCGUCUUCUUCCGGGUCUUCGCUAUGCAACACGCCCAGCGACGCACGAAACUCUAUAUGGUCUCGCUCCAACACUGAAGAUGUCACUUACUCGCAGCUUCAAAAGUUUUGGAAUGGGCUUCCAGCCGAUGCCAGGCGCAACCUGCUCCGCAUCGAUAAGCAAACUCUAUUCGAACAAGUCCGCAAGAAUCUCUACUGCUCCAGGUGCCAUGGACUUUUGGUGGAAGGAUUCUCUCAGAUUGUUAUGUACGGCAAGAACCUCUCCGUUGGACGUAACACUUCCAAGUGCCGGAAAGUCUACCCAGAGGACGAAGUUAAUGGCAAUGCGGGUGCUGGCUACAUUGGGACGCUUCAAGACGAUGCGAAAGAUCCCUCCCUUCAUCCCUGGGGUGGAUUAGCAGCAACAAGGGACUGCAUGCUUACCGUCCUCGACUGCUUCUUAGACGGGACGUCACUCGAGGUGCUCCAAAAUGUGUUUGAGAGUGCACGGGGAAGGGAGCGAGAACGAGAGCUGCUUUACCCGGACGCCUGUGGGGGGAAUGGACGAGGCUGGAUAAGCCAGAGUAGUGGUAUUUACUCGUCGGGCAGAGGCCAUGGAAUAAAGGAAACCUGUGCUCUUCAUACGACCAGACUUUCGUGCGAAGCUCUAGUGGAUUUUUGGUCGGCUUUAAGUGAAGAGACAAGACGGUCCCUUUUGAGGAUGAAAGAGGAGGACUUCAUCGAGAGACUUAUGUUCAGAUUCGACAGCAAAAGGUUUUGUAGGGAUUGUCGACGCAAUGUCCUUCGCGAGUUCAAAGAAAUGAAGGAGCUGAAGAGAGCUAGGAAGGAGCCAAGAUGCACAAGAUGGUUCUGUGCUGCGGAUACUACGUUCCAGUAUGAGGUAUCUGAUAAUGCAGUACAAGCAGAUUGGCAUGAAUCAAUCGCAGGGGAAGUUGGCACUCCAUACCAACAUUUUGAGUGGGCACUGGGAACUGCAGAAGGCAAGUCCGACAUAUUUGGCUUUGAAGAUGUGGGUUUAUCGGACAGAGUGGAAGUGGAGGGCCUAGAUCUAGGAAAUAUCUUCGACUGUUUCAUCACUCUCAGAGCUUGGAAACGUGACGGGAGAUGUAGUGACUUUACCGUCAAAGCUCAUGCUUUGAAGGGUGAAUUAUGUGUACAUCGUCGGCUAUUUGUCGGUGACGGGAUUGUUUCCAUUACUGAGGGCGAAAGCAUACAACGCUUUUUCGAGCAUGCAGAAGAAACAGAAGAAGAGGAGGACGACGAUGGUUUCGACAAAGAUGGCAAUGAACUGGAUGGUGAAGGCUCUCGUUCGCAAAAGCACGCUAAAAGUCCCGAGCUUGCACGCGAUUUUCUUCUAGACGCAGCAACGGUUAUUUUCAAGGAACAGGUUGAGAAAGCGUUCCGGGAGGGAACUGCUCGGCAAAAUGCACAUAGUAUUUUCGUUUGCCUGGCUCUUGGAUUACUAGAAGACCGAGUACGAGUUGCAUGCAAAGAGAUAGCCACGUUGGAAAAGCAGAAUAAGCUUUUGGAAGAGGAAGAGCAUGAGAAAAGGGAAGAGGAGGAGCGCAGGGAAAGAAGAAAACUAAAAGAGAAGGAAAAGAAGCUGAGAAGGAAAGAGAAGCUCAAGUGCAAAGAACGUGAGAAGGAGAAAGGCAAAGGUGGAAGACCGUCUUCCACGAGAUCCGAGGAGAAUGUUGCACUUCAAGCUGAUAGCAAACAGAAUGAAGAAGGUAGUUUAUCGGACAUGACAGAAGUGCGGCUGGUGCCAGACGAAUCUGAGAGAAGCGGCGGAGAGUCUCCUGCCGGACGCACUCUGGACACUGGUAACUCGAGGGACGCUAACGGAGCAUUCAUUGUAGAGCAGUCCAAGGCAGCAAAGAGGCGAUCAAAUGGCAAGAGACAGCAGGUGGCUGAUUCAGUUCCAGUUAGAUAUUCUCGACGAGGGACAUCAAUGACUUUCGAAAGAGUUAGUCACAGGGGCUCCUCAGAUUUGGCCAUACAAGAGCGGCAAACUGACAGCGAGCCGUUGAAAGCUCGUAACGGGUUUCCGAUGGCCAGACAAGAGACGCAGCAAUGCGCAUGCACGACCACAUUCUGGGCCAAGAGAAUGCAGGAGUCUCCUACAAAGGUGACUAGGAAACCAGAGUCCAGGCAACUGCACGUAAAGGCUGGUGUGUUUAAGAGCCGGGUUCCGGCAACGACCAAUCUAGGCAGUCAGAAACUUCCCACUUCUCCUGAAUCAGUAAGGUCGAGGAAGGAAGGCAUGACAUACACGAAAGUUGUCACGAAAGGCUUAAACGCGAACGGGGUGAAGCAUGACGUGCAGCUGAAUGGAGAUGUCUGUUGUUCUCUAGAGGAUCCAGUGGGUGGUGUGACCAAGGGAGAAGCCGCCCCUGCCAACGAGUCGUUGUCAUGCGGGGUGGAUGAGGAAAAAUCAUCGGACAGCCAGAUGAUGCAGGUGGAACCUUUAGUCGAUCGGACAGAGCUGGAAAAGCCACUGGAGGCUAUCGGAGAUGGCAGUUUAAGUGGAGCUUCGGCUGAGGUUAUGGAUGCUGAUAGCCGGAAAGAAAGCCCGAGAAACAGAGCCGACGUAGCGAAGGAGGAGCCGAAGGAUGCAGCAGAAGUAGCCAGUGCAGCGGAAACUUGUCCGACCCCAGCUGCAGCAUGCUCGGUUCCCGCCGCCGCUACUACUGCUACUGCUCCACCGCUGGGAACUCCAUAUCCUCCUCCAGUCUGCUCACCGGAAGUCAUUCGAAACGGUUACGUGAAUGGUUUCGUUCAUGGCGGAGCGGCGAAGAACCAUCACACGUACACAACAGUGGUGGAGAUGCUACCAGUUCACUCGCCACCACCGCCGCCGCCGCCGCCGCCGCCGCCUCCACCUCCGACUCACCACCAUAUCCACCGGCAUCCUCCGCCGCAGUCGCAGCAGCCAGGAUUCGCGUGCUUUCCUGCGGUGCACGGCCCGUGGGGAGGGCCUCAAGCCAGGACUCCAUUCAUUCCAGGAGCAGCACCGCCGAUGUUUAUUCCAGGACCGGCAGCGUUCGGCUAUCCCAGGUUUCCGGUUCCUCGCAUUUUCCAUCCUCCCCUGAGGAUGCCAUCGCUGUCCGCCGCCGAGAUGGUCUCCAUGCAAGCGCAACCGCCGCCGCGUCCUCGACCGGACUACGCGGCGGCGGCGUGGAUACCAGUGGACGCGACGAGGCCGCUUCUAGCACCGGAGAUCCAAGAGCAGCAGCAGCAGAGCUUCAAGGUGGAGAAGCCGGGAUCGCUGGGGGAGCCAAUGCAGACGGCGACGUUCUCAUUCCAGGAGCUCCAGAAGGAGUUUAGAUUCACGCCAAACACCUUCUCGUUGUUUCACUUUGGUGGCGGAGCUGCUACUUCUGGUGGUGGUGGUAGUAGCGGCGGUGGUGGUGGUGCCAGUAGCAAUGGUGGCGAUGCUUGUCCGCCGCUUGUCUCCGACUCUCCGAAGCUCGCAUCGUCGCCGCCGCGCGAGGCCAACGCAGAAGAGGUGGUGGUGAGCAUCAAGUGUAUGGACCGAUUGCCCAGUGGCAUCAAUAAGGCGAGCAUGAACGCUGGGGAGUAUAGCUUGUUUGCGGCGGCUCCAGGGAAGGGGUUUGGAUUCUUUUAGAGGUCGUACGUAGCGCUCGCAGUAUUGAUUUUCCUUCCAACCAGCACCGAACGAACGUUUUGUUUUCCAGGCUUUCUCGGCGACGAGCUUGUCCAUUUUCUUGCGUAAGCUUUUCCCGCGUCUCGUCACUGUAUGUGUGUGUGUGUGUGUGUGUGUGUGUUUAUAAUCUUUUUUAUCUAUUUGUCUCGCUUUCUUUUAUUUUAUUUUAUUGCUUUUGCGCUCUUUAUUGUUGAUGUUCACACAGCAAUAAUGGGUCCUCCGCCUUGACAAAGACGAAAAAUUUCCACGA